UGAGAUAUCAAAAUUCGGCGCAAGUCAAGGUCUUUACGCUUCCGGAUCUCCAGGGGCAGAGAGACGAGAGAGGAAAGAGAGGCGGCAAGGCCGGGGACCAGACGCCAGAAAUCGGCCAGCUGCUAGGGACCCAGACGCCCUCCAUUCCUCCGCUCCGAGGUGCGGCAUCCAUGGAGCGGUUCCUGGCCGGGCUGUGUGGCUCCGACGCCGCGCGGCCGCUCCCGCUGUGGGAGGGGGGCACCACGGGCCACUGCUUCACCCAGCUGGUGCUCGGCGCCCUGCCCCACGCGCUCCUCGCCGUGCUCAGCGCCUGCCGCCUGGGCACCCCGAGGUCUCCAGAUUAUGUGGUACCCUGCAGUCCUGGCUGGCGCCUCAGACUCACAGCUUCCUUCCUGCUCUCCCUCUUCCCACUGCUGGACCUCCUUCCAGUUGCUCUGCCACCAGGGACAGGCCCGGGGCCCCUAUGGCUAGAGGUGCUGGCGGACUGUGUGGCAGCUGUGGCCUGGAUCACCCACAGCCUGGCCCUGUGGGUGUUGGCUCAUUCCCCUCAUGGCCAUUUCCGAGGGCCCUUGGCUUUAGCUCUGGCAGCUUUCCUGCCAGCUCCAGCCCUAGUGCUGACCUUGCUGUGGCAUUGCCAGCAAGACACGUUUCUACCCCCACUUCUCCCAGGGUCCCUGGCCCGCCUGUGUCUUCUCAUUUUGCAGCUGGCAGCAAUCUUGGCCUAUGGACUGGGCUGGGCAGCCCCUGGGGGGUCACAGGGACCCUGGACUCAGGAACCCUUCCUGUCCUCUGAGGAUCAAGAAUCUGAGGUGGCUGAAGAUGGGGAGAGUUGGCUGUCACGUUUUUCCUAUGCUUGGCUGGCUCCCUUGCUGGCCCGCGGGGCCCGAGGGGAGCUCCGGCAGCCUCGGGACACUUGCCGUCUUCCCCGAAGGCUGCAUCCUGCCUAUCUGGCCCGUGCCUUCCAGGCGCACUGGCAGGAGGAGGCGCGGCUGUGGAGAGCCCUGUAUGGGGCCUUUGGACGCUGCUACCUGGCCCUUGGACUGCUGAAGCUGCUGGGGACCAUGCUGGCCUUCUCAGGACCUCUGCUGCUCUCCCUGUUGGUGGGCUUCCUGGAGGAAGGGCACGAGCCCCUAAGCCAUGGCCUUCUCUAUGCCCUGGGCCUCACCAGUGGGGCUGUGCUAAGCGCUGUUUUGCAGAAUCAGUAUGGGUAUGAGGUACGUAAGGUGACACUUCAGGCACGGGGGGCCGUGCUGAAUACUUUGUAUCGCAAGGCCUUGCAUCUGGGGCCCCAACGCCCUCCUGUUGGCGAGGUGUUAAACCGACUUGGCACUGACUCAGAGCGGUUGCUUAACUUCGCCAGCAGCUUCCACGAGGCCUGGGGCCUACCCCUGCAACUGGCUAUCACCCUCUACCUGCUACAUCAGCAGGUGGGGUUGGCCUUUGUGUCUGGUCUGAUCUUAGCACUGCUGCUGGUACCUGUCAACAAAGCAAUCGCCACCCGCAUCAUGGCCAGCAAUCAGGAGAUGCUACAGCACAAGGAUGCACGGGUUAAGCUCAUGGCAGAGCUGCUGAGUGGCAUUCGAGUCAUCAAGUUCUUUGGAUGGGAGCAGGCGCUGGGGGCCCAAGUUGAGGCCCGCCGGGCUCGAGAACUGGGACGACUCCGCGUGAUCAAAUACUUGGAUGCAGCCUGUGUAUACUUGUGGGCUGCCCUGCCAGUAGUCAUCUCCAUAGUUAUCUUCAUCACCUAUGUCCUCAUGGGGCACCAGCUCACUGCCACCAAGGUUUUCACAGCACUGGCACUGGUGCACAUGCUCAUUCUUCCCCUCAACAACUUUCCCUGGGUGAUUAACAGUCUCUUGGAGGCCAGAGUGUCCUUGGACCGGAUCCAGUGUUUCCUUGACCUUCCAAAUCACAACCCUCAGACCUACUACAGCUCAGAUCCCCCCACAGAUCCAUCUGUAGUAUUGGAGCUACACGAAGCCCUGUUUUCCUGGGACCCCACAGGAACCAGCCAGAAGACUUUCAUCAGUCACCUUGAAGUGAAAAAGGGUAUGCUGGUGGGAAUCGUGGGGAAGGUAGGCUGUGGGAAGAGCUCGCUGCUGGCUGCCAUCACUGGAGAGCUCCACAGGUUGCAUGGACAGGUGGCAGUGUGGGGACUGUCCAAGGGCUUUGGCCUGGCCACCCAGGAGCCCUGGAUCCAGUUUGCCACCAUCCGAGACAACAUCCUUUUUGGGAAGACAUUUGAUGCCCAGCUGUACAAGAAGGUGCUGGAAGCCUGCGCCCUCAGUGAUGACCUGAGUAUCCUGCCUGCUGGAGACCAGACAGAGGUGGGGGAGAAGGGUGUGGCUCUCAGCGGGGGACAGCGGGCCCGCAUUGCCCUUGCUCGAGCUGUCUACCAAGAGAAGGCACUCUAUCUGCUUGAUGACCCCCUGGCUGCUGUGGAUGCAGAUGUGGCCAACCACCUGCUACACAGGUGCAUUCUGGGAGUUCUGGGCCACACCACUCGGCUGCUCUGUACCCACCGCAUCGAGUAUCUGGAGAACGCUGACGUGGUGCUACUGAUGGAGGCCGGGCACCUUGUCUGUGCUGGGCCUCCCUCUGAGAUUCUGCCAUUGGUACAAGCUGCCCCCAAAGCCUGGGCUGAGGAUGGACAAGAACCUGACUCAGCCAGUGCCCAGUCAGUACAGAACCUGGAGAAAACAGAGGGGCUGGAGGAGGAGCAGAGCACAUCUGGCCGCCUGCUGCUGGACGAGAGCAAGAAGGAAGGCGCUGUGGCCUGGCACGUGUACCGAGCAUACUGGAGGGCCGUGGGCCAGGGCUUGGCCCUCGCCAUCCUCUUCUCCCUGCUCCUCAUGCAAGCCACACGCAAUGCUGCCGACGGGUGGCUCUCCCACUGGAUCUCCCAGCUAAAGGCAGCCAGGAAUAAUAGCUCCCAGGUGGUACCAGCCCCUGCCAGCCCCGGCUCCAGUGGCCCCUUGUCGGCACAGCUGCUUCUCUUCUCACCCGGAAGCCUCUACACUCCUGUGUUCCCACUGCCCAAAGCUGCCCCCAAUGGCUCCUCAGACAUCCGUUUCUACCUCACCGUGUACGCGACCAUAGCUGGUGUCAACUCCAUCUGCACCCUUCUCCGCGCAGUGCUUUUUGCAGCAGGCACGCUCAAAGCAGCCGCCACCCUGCACCGCCGCCUGCUACAUCGAGUGCUUCUGGCACCGGUGACUUUCUUCGACUCCACGCCCAUGGGCCGGGUUCUAAACCGCUUCUCCUCUGACGUGGCCUGUGCAGAUGACAGUCUGCCCUUCCUCCUCAACAUCCUGCUGGCCAACAUGGCAGGUCUGCUGGGGCUCCUGUCUAUGCUGGGCUAUGGCCUGCCCUGGCUACUGCUACUGCUGCCGCCCCUGAGCGUCAUCUACUAUCGCGUACAGCGCCACUACAGGGCCUCCUCCCGGGAGCUGCGGAGGCUGAGCAGCCUCACCCUGUCCCCACUCUACACCCACCUGGCCGACACCUUGGCUGGCCUCCCUGUGAUCCGGGCUGCAGGGGCCACCUACAGGUUUGAGGAGGAGAACCAGCAACUCCUAGAGCUAAACCAGAGGUGCCAGUUUGCUUCCUAUGCCACGAUGCAGUGGCUGGACAUUCGGUUGCAACUCAUGGGGGCAGUGGUGGUCAGUGCCAUCGCGGGCAUUGCCCUGGUGCAGCACCAGCAAGGCCACACCAACCCAGGACUGGUGGGCCUGUCCUUGUCAUACGCCCUGUCCCUGACCGGCCUGCUCUCAGGCCUGGUGAGCAGCUUCACGCAGACGGAAACCAUGCUGGUGAGCGUGGAGCGGCUGGAGGAGUACUCCUGUGACCUGCCCCAGGAGCCCCAAGGGCAGCUGCUACAGCAGGACGUUGGCUGGCUAACCCAAGGGAGUGUGGAAUUCCAGGACGUGGUAUUGGUGUACCGACCAGGGCUGCCCAAUGCCCUGGACGGGGUGAGCUUCCGUGUGCAGCCUGGAGAGAAGCUGGGCAUUGUGGGCCGCACAGGCUCCGGCAAGUCUUCCCUGUUUUCGGUGCUCUUCAGGCUGUUGGAGCCCAGUGUGGGAAGAGUGCUACUGGACGGUGUGGACACCAGCCAGCUCCAGCUGGCAGAGCUCAGAUCCCAGCUAGCCAUCAUCCCCCAGGAGCCUUUUUUGUUCAGUGGGACUGUUCGGGAAAACCUGGACCCCCGGGGCCUACACGAGGAUGCGGCCUUGUGGCAGGCCCUGGAGCAGUGCCACCUGAGCGAGGUGAUCGCCUGCAUGGGUGAGUGGCAGGACCUGACCUGGAGAACGGGAAGGGAGCAGGAGCGGCCGCCCGGGGCGAACAUGUUCUGCCUUGCAGGUGGCCUGGAUGGGGAGCUGGGCGAAGGGGGCCGGAGCUUGUCCCUGGGACAGAGGCAGCUGCUGUGUUUGGCCAGGGCUCUCCUCACAGACGCCAAGAUCCUGUGUAUUGAUGAGGCCACAGCAAGCGUGGACCCGAAGACAGACCAGCUGCUCCAGCAGACGAUCCACAGACGCUUUGCCAAUAAGACAGUGCUGACCAUAGCGCACAGGCUCAACACAAUCCUGAACUCAGAUCGGGUCCUGGUGCUACAAGCAGGACGGGUCAUGGAGCUGGACUCCCCCACUGCCCUGUGCAGCCAGCCCCACUCACUGUUCCAGAAGCUUCUGCAGAGCAGCCAGCAGGGAGCCCACUCUGCUGGAGGGUCCUGAGCCAGGCUUCCUACUGAGAUCCCCUCCAUCUGCCCCAGGCCCUGUUGGCAUCAACAUGGGGCUGCGUGUUUACAUCCUCUCCCCUGUGGCUCUACCUCUCCUAACCCUCUGGGGAAAGGACACGUUGGAUU